AUGGGCCAUUUCAGUAAUGGUGUGAUUCCAACGUUCAACUACACCAUUCUAUUGAGGGGUGUAUGCUCCGGUGGUAGCCCGGGUGGAGCAACGCUCGCAUACAGAGCAGAGCUGCUGGGUGGUGCGGCGGUGGUGCUUUCGAGCGGAGCAGGGCCGCUUGGGCGGUGGUGGGCCGUAGGUGGCGGCCAAGGAGCUGCAUCGGCCUGCGACAAGGGAGGUUGGGGAGGGAAAAGCGACGGGGGCCAUAGGCGGUGGCCGUGGGGCUGGCGGGGGCCAGGAGGCGGCAGUCGAGGAGCAGGGGGCCGCAGGCAGAGUAGGGCAGCUGGAGCGGGGAGCCACAAGCGGAGCAGGGUAGCCGGAGGGGCUGCUGGGUGGCCGCCGGGAACGGAAGGCUAG